UCAAUUUUAAUUUAACUUAUAAGAUUAAAUUGGUCUUCAAGAAUUGUAUAUGAAUGUUUAAUUAGUCUUCAUAUUUCUUAUUUGUACCCCAUUUUUACUGAUUAGGAAAUUACUCUGUUUUGUAUCUGAAAAUGCUGCUUGAGAAAAAAGUAUCAUACAUGGGCCAGAUUUGUUUUUGCUUUACAUUCAUAGGCUGGUUAUUUAUGACUAAUUUUAUGUAUGGACUCCAAUGAUGCUUAACCUUGUUGCUUGAAUUGAAUUCUAUGUUUUAUUUUGGUUGCUCUUCACUUAAUCUGAGUUAAGUUUUUUUAUUUGGGAGGUUGAGUAGCUCAACUGGUUUGAAAUUUGAACUCACGGAUAAGAAGUUGGAGACUCUCGGUUCAAACCUGGACGAAAUAGUCAAUACUUAAUCUAACAACUAACUACUAGGAUUUGUCAUUCAAAAAAAUGUUAAGAUUCUUUACUAUUUCAUGUCAUUAAGCUUUUAAUGUCUAUUCAAGUUUUUUCAUCUUCAAAAUAACUGUAUAGGUUUUCCACAUCAUAAGCAAGCCAUUAAUAUAAGACAAACAAAUUUCCAAGAAUCACAAACGACUUGAAAUAACAAAUGCUGUUUAUUUAUUAUAUCCAUAGAUGAGCAAUAUGUGAACCUUGAACUGCUUGAUCUGAUGUCAAUCAGAUAUAUGAACCGAGUACCUGUCAAAAAUAUCAUUGACAAGUAUCAAGAACACAUUUAAACAUAAAUUUUUAUUUUAUUUUUGAGUGUAGCAUUGUGAUUAGUGCAGGCACUUGGAAUUCAUAAUCACUAGGUAGAAAAUGAGCAGUGCUUUUUCUUCCAUAUCUUCUUCUGAUGUGGUGCCUCUGAAAAAAUAUGACGUUUUUCUUAGCUUUCGAGGUGAGGAUACUCGCAGAAACUUCACCAGCCAUCUUUAUGAUGCUCUGAGCCGAAAGAAAGUUGAAACCUUUAUAGACAACAAUAAGCUUCAAAAAGGAGAUGAGAUCUCGCCAGCACUCAUCAAAGCCAUUGAGAAGUCACAUGCAUCUAUUGUCAUCUUCUCAGAAAACUAUGCUUCUUCAAAAUGGUGCUUGAAUGAGCUCAAGAAGAUUCUUGAAUGCAAGAAAUAUAAGGAACACAUUGUGAUACCAGUUUUUUACAAAAUAGAUCCAUCACAUGUGAGGAACCAGACCGGGAGUUACGAGCAAGCUUUUGCAAAACAUAAGCGAGAUUUGAAGAGCAAUAAUGACAAGUUACAGGAAUGGAAAGCCGCUCUCACUGAGGCAGCUAGUUUAGGCGGUUGGGACUUUCAAAAUUUUGAGACUGAAUCACGCUUCAUUAAGGAUAUCGUUGAAGAUGUUUUGCAGAAACUGAAUCUUAAAUACCCAUAUGAAAUUAAGGCCGGGCUUGUUGGAAUUGAGAAAAAUUAUGACCAAAUUGAAUCAAAGCUGAAAAUUGGGUCACAUGAAGUCAGAGUCCUUGGAAUAUGGGGCAUGGGUGGCAUAGGAAAGACCACCCUUGCUAGGGCUUUAUAUGCUAAAAUGUAUUCUCAAUUCGAAGGUUGUUGCUUACUCAAUGUAAUGGAUGAAUCAAACAAGUAUGGACUCAAUGUUGUACCCAAUAAACUUUUGUCUUCAUUGUUAGAGGAAGAAAAUAUUCAUCCUGAUGCAUCCUACAUAGAAGCCCCUUUCUCCGAGAGAAGGAUUGGGCGUAAAAAAGUUUUAAUUGUGUUGGAUGGUGUAGAAACCUUAGAGCAAAUAGAUGAUCUUAUCCCAAAAAUUGAUGGUCUGGGACCAGGUAGUAGGGUCAUUAUUACAACUAGAGAUAAGCACAUAUUUAGUCAGGUGAGUAAAUGUGAAAUAUAUGAGCUUAAAGAAUUGAACAAGCAUGAUUCUUUUCAGCUAUUCAGUUUGACUGCCUUCAAAGAAAAACAACCUAAAAUUGGAUAUGAAGAUCUAUCAGAAAGUGUAAUUGCCUAUUGCAAAGGUAACCCUCUGGCAUUAAAAGUUUUAGGUGCAAAUCUCAGUUCAAGGGGCCAAGAAGCGUGGGAAAAUGAAUUGAAAAAGCUCCAAAAGAUUCCCAAUCGAAAAAUUCAUAAUGUGUUAAAAUUGAGUUAUGAUGAGUUAGAUCGUUGUCAAAAGGCCAUAUUUCUAGACAUCGCAUGCUUGUUGAGUGGACAGGGUAAAGAUUUUGUAAGAGAUCUACUGGAAGCUUCUGAUUUCUUUGCAAUAAGUGGGAUAGACGUCCUUCUAGAUAAAGCUCUCAUUCAACUAGAUUCAAUUUUGCAUGUCAAAAGGGAAGUUUGUACUAUAGAAAUGCAUGAUUUGUUACAAGAAAUGGGACGGGAGAUUGUUAAUCAAGAAUCUGAAGAUCCUGGAAAACGAAGUCGACUGUGGAAAGCUGAAGAGAUAUCCGAUGUAUUAAAAUAUAACAAAGGAACUGAAGCUGUCGAAGGGAUAACAUUCGAUAGUACAGAUGUGGGGGAUCUUUACUUGAAGUCUAAUUCCUUUAGAAGGAUGAAAAAUUUAAGAUAUCUUAAAAUCUAUAAUAUAUCUAGAGGAAACACAUGCAAUGUGUACUUUCCCGAUGGUCUUGAGUGGAUUUCUGAUAAAUUGAGGUAUCUUCGAUGGGAAGGAUACUGUCUUGAGUCUUUGCCAUCAACCUUUUGUGCUGAAAUGCUCAUAGAGCUUCACUUGAGUCAUAGCAAGCUUAAAAAGCUAUGGGAUGGAGUUCAGAAUCUUGUGAAUCUAAACAUACUUUGGCUUGAAUCCUCCAAAAAUCUGAUUGAGAUCCCAGACUUAUCUAAGGCUACAAAUCUUCAUAGAGUAUAUCUUUUUCAAUGUGAAAGCCUGGGUCAGCUCCAUCCUUCGAUCUUUUCUCUCCCUGAUCUUAGAUAUCUAGAUUUACGAGGUUGCAAAAAGAUUGAAAGCCUUAAAACCAACAUUCAUUCAAAAUCUCUUCGUGAACUCUUACUUGAUGGUUGUUAUUCUCUCACAGAAUUUUCAGUGACAUCGGAUGAAAUGACAGAGUUGACCUUAGGUGGCACUGCUAUACGUGAAUUGUCUUCAUCGAUUUGGCGUAAUAGAAAACUUACUUCGCUUGGCCUAUCCAAGUGUAACAAGCUUAACAUUGUUGGGAAUAAGUUAUCAGAUGAUCAUGGACUUGGGUCUGUUACAGAACUAGACCUUUCAGGGUGCACAGAAAUGAAUGCAUUAAGUCUGUGGUCCAUCCUUGAUGGCAUACAAUCUUUAAAAGGGCUAACAUUACAAGAGUGUUGCAACUUGGAAUGUCUCCCUGAGAAUAUCCGAAACCAUUCAAUGCUAAAAUGGCUUGAUUUAGAUGGUUGCAGGAAACUUGUGUCUCUAACAGAACUUCCGCCAUCCCUAAUAACUUUGAGUGGCAUUAAUUGCACUUAUCUGGACACAGACUCCACUCAACGGUCAUUUCUUGAGAACAUGGUACAAAUAUACUCUAAAGACCCUUUUAAAGAUGUCAAUAACCUUUUCUUGCCAGGAGCACAAGUUCCUUGCAAGUUUGAUUUUCAAACAAUGAAGGCUUCAAUAACCAUUCCUCCUAUUCCAAAAUAUAACCUGUCUGGUUUCAUAUUCUGCACCAUUCUUUCUGAGGGCUUCCUUUUUCAGAGUCACCCCCUGCAUUGUAUCAUCUUAGAACACGGCAAAGAAGUCGACAGGUGUAUUAUGUAUUUUGACCUUUAUAUUGUGAGAUUAAUUUCAGAUCAUGUAUUGUUAGGUUGGUAUUGUUACAAAAGAGAAAAAUUUGGAAGUAAUGAUUGUAAACUAUCAUUUCAAUUCAUACAUAACGUAGAAUUGGGGUGGUCAACGGAGGGGAUCAAAGGGUGUGGGAUCUUACCUGUAUAUAACUUAGAACAUAAGUCGGAUCUGGCUGGUAGGGAAAUUGGUAAAUUAAAAUUCAGUAAUCAAUAUUCUGACAGGUCUGAUUGGUCUAACAAUGAAAGUGAAGAUGGCCAGGAAAAUUAUAAUGAUGAGUUACAGCCUUCAGCAAUUGGAGGUGAAGUCAUAAGCUCCAACAUUGAAAAUGAAGAUGACCAGAAACAUCCUUGCUGUUCAAUCGGUCUUUUUUUGAGGCACUUGCUAAGAGGGUCAAAAGAAUAAUACAAGUCAGAAAUGUUGUGAUCUCUUUCUCCUGUUUUUCAUGUAAAAUCUUGUGAUACGUUGCUUGUUACUUAUACCAUUUCAGAAAUAUUCCUAAUUUUAUUCAGUUUUUUUGUGCUGAACUUGUUGGUAUAUUAAUCAAUUUGUGUAUGGAUCCCUAUUCCCUUGUGGUUUCA